AUGCUUAGCAAGUGGCUAUUGUCAGCAAGUCUGCUGGCGAGUCGAGCAGUCGCAUUACAGAUCCAACCAACCAACGUCACACAAAACAGCAAUGAUGUCGAACUCAUCGUGGGUGGAACAGAUUUCGGCGCUCUGCAACCUCUGACCCAGAGUGCGGAUGCCAAUUUGAAUGUAAUUCUUUCAUCUGAUCACAAUACACGUCACAGAACGACGCUGACACGCGACACAGNNACGGGCAUCCGGGAUUCUAUCUUCCAUGUGACGACGGCAAAUAGGGAUAAUCUUACCAGUCAAGAGAUCGCAUAUAUAUCGUGCGACUCUGGAGACUAUUCUGGAUUUCUUUCCUUGGCCGAUGUCUACCGGACAGCACUCAGCGUCAAUGCCUCGGCCAUUAUCUUCUACAGUCUGGUCUCCGAGCAAUGCAACAUCACUAGUCCGGAAUCGGCAUACCAGAGAGUAUACUCCAUGUCGAACCACACCAGAUCCUUGAAUGUGCUCAACUACAUCAAUAACGAGCCUGGCCUAUUGGCAACAAUCCAGCACACAAGUACAUCGGCUCACAACAAUGGUAACCAGCAGCAGAACUCAUCCACUUAUGGAUCAUCUCCUACAACAGCAGUUGCCAUGAUCAUUCUGUACAGCGUGACUGGUAUCAUCACGGCAUUGUUCCUUAUCAUCAUCAUCACCGGAGCAGUCCGAGCACAUCGCCACCCAGAGCGUUAUGGACCAAGGAAUGUCAUGGGAAGACCUAGACAGACCAGAGCUAGAGGCAUUGCACGCGCUAUGCUGGAUACUAUUCCUGUUGUCAAGUUUGGUGAACAACCCAAGUCAGGUCCCAAAGUUACAGAUAUCGAGUUGGCGGAUACCGAUACGCCCGUAGUUCGUCGCUCAGUAGAGAACGAUGGCACUCAUGAGACGGACACGCGCGAUCAAGCCGAACCAAGACAAUCGAUGGCAUCGGCUCGCUCAGGAAUUGGCGCAGCAACAGGACAUGGUGACGCUGAUGCCAUUGUGGGAACAACUGCAGCUGAAUCAAGCGAAGCACUAGGAUGUUCUAUCUGUACCGACGACUUCGAGACUGGACAGGAUCUCCGUGUUCUGCCUUGCGACCACAAAUUCCACCCAGCUUGCAUUGACCCUUGGUUACUGAACGUAUCAUCAACUUGCCCGCUUUGUCGCAUUGAUCUACGCCCUGAAGGAUCUACCGAAACUGAUGCGCCAGCCACCGAAGCAGGUGAGAAUGGCGAUUUGCCUCCUCCCAUCAACGGCCACAAUGGCCAGCCCUACCGCGUCAGCAUGCGUCGCAGCUUGCUCAUCGGACUUGGACUUGACCGUGGACAUCUCGACCAGGGACAACGAAUGGCAGCAGCACGCGAACUACGUGAACUCCGCCACAACAACCUCGAUGGUGCUGAAGCCUCACAGCAGGAUCAGGGUGAAGAAGGACGUCAGCGUCGUAGACUACGGGAGCGCUUCGGCGUCCGUACAAGAAGAAGAGGACAGUCUGACGCGCAGGUGCAGGCAGUUGCUGCCGUUCCUGAAGAGACAGCUGCGACUGCUCCGACGGCAGCUUCAGAGGCUAAUGGUGCUCAACCAGACCAUGGUCCUACCACGACUUAA